AUGAGUUUAAGACAGCCAGGCAUUUCACCAUGCAGAUCAACUCUGAUUCAUGAAGGUCCUCCAAAACGAUACUGUCUAGAAACAGAAAGAAAAGUGCUUGAUGAUAAUGGAAAAGUCAGAAAAUGGACUUAUGGGAUAAAAGACACCAGUAAACCAAACCAAAUCAUUCUGCUGGUGGGAGAGACUGGCGCUGGUAAGACGACUCUCAUCAACACUAUGGUCAACUACUUACUGGGAGUGAAGUUUGAGGAUGAAGAAUGGUAUGAAAUCACUGAAGAAGCAGCUGGAGAUCAAGCAGAAUCACAAACCUCUGAAAUCACAGUGUAUGAGGUCUUUCCUGUGAAGAGUCCCAUGUCUCUCACCAUCAUUGAUACUCCAGGCUACGGAGACACUCGAGGACUGGACAAAGAUCUGGAAGUUGCUGAGAAUUUAGCCACUCUGUUUCAGAGCAAUGAUGGAGUUCGUGAAGUCGACGCUGUGUUCGACGCUGUGUGUUUUGUGAUUAAAUCAUCUAAGAAUCGUCUCUCUGACCGACAGCAUUACAUUAUCAGUUCAAUUCUGUCUUUGUUUGGAAAAGACAUUAUGAACAACAUUGUGUUUUUAAUCACACACUCUGAUGGUCUGCCACCCAAGAACGUCAUUGGUGCCAUUAAUAAAGCUAAAAUCCCCUGCAGACGAGACAAAAGUGGCCAACCUUUGUAUUUCUUGUUCAUCAACCGGCAGGCUGAAGCCCGUCACACUGAGAGACAUUACAUGCGUGCUCAAAGAAAUGCCUGGAAAGACAGCAUGAAAGAAGUGAAGGAUUUCCUUCAGUCUCUGGAUGAAAAGAACAGAAGAAGUUUGGAGUUGACUUCAGAUGUCCUGAUGGAGCGCAUUCAAUUAGAAGCAUCCAUCAGCAACUUACAGCUGCGAGUUCAAGAGAAAGAAUCGAAGAAAUCUGAAAACCUUCAGAUUCAGGAGGUAAUGAGACAAAACAAGGAGAAGAUAGAGAAAUGUAAAAACUUCACCAUUAAAGUAAAAAAGGCUGUCAAAGUGAAGGUUCCCAUUGAGAGCAAGUCAUGGAAGAAUAAGAAGGCGACGACCUGCACCGUCUGUGAGGAAAACUGCCAUGAGUUUGACUGCUGGUGGGGUUCUGAUCCAAGCAAAUGUGAAGUCAUGAAAAAAGGCUUCUGCACCGUGUGCACAGGGAAGUGUCACCACAGCAAACACGUCAAAGAAAACAAGAAAUAUGUCAUCAGACACUCAAGCAUGACACUUGAAUUUGAUGAUUUUAGAAAAGAAUGUGAAAAAGCCCAAGAACAGUGCAAGAGGUUCUCAAUGGGUCAUCUUGACAUAGAUCUGAAGGAGAUUGAGGACCAGAAGUCCAAUCUUCUGUCUGAUGCUUACAGGACCAUCAAGAAUCUGUCUCAGAUCGCGUUAAAACCAGACUCUGCCUUCACUCUUCAGCAUCUCGACUUCUUCAUCCCCAGAGUGAGGGAGGCUGGGAAAGAAAACUGGGUCCGAGAGCUGGAGGAGAUGAGGAGAAACGCUGAAGCUGAAGAAGCAAAUAAAGAUGCUCUGAGUUAUCUUAAAGCUGGUCUAGGAAAACUUUUCCUUACUGGGCAAUUAACAAAUGUGGACAGGACAACAGAAGAAACAAUGACAAUAAAGAAAACUGCUUACAAAGAGAAAUCACUGAUGGCGACUCUGUAG